AUGCUGGUGAGGCCCAGUUUUAGAGGACUGCCUAAUUAUCGGCGCUUUUAUAAUAAUGAGGUACGAAAUUUCUUAAUCACCGGACGUGGUAAUGGUCCAGGCUCCAGUGGUGGAGAUUAUUAUGGUAAUUUUGCAUCAUCUAUAAUUUCUCAGAAUGGUGAUUUAUCAUAUAUCGAAAGAAAGGAAAAAAGAAAACUCAGAGAAAGAGAUUUUAAUGAACUUGAGGAGGUGAAUGAAAAUGGCGCGGAAACCAUUCAAAAGGUCAAAGCUAAAACAAACACAAUUGCAGAAGGUACACUCUGGAGUGCACAUGAGAAAGAGGUUUUCUUCUCGCUAUUGGCAAGAUACUCCAUCCAUCAGCUAGAUUUAAUUGUAGACCAGCUCCCAUCUAAAACAACAAUUGAAGUGCUCAACUAUUAUUAUCUCUUGAAAAAUGAACUAAAAGCAUUAAAAAGUAAGUUCAGGGGAUCACCUUCACAUGUUCAUAAAUGUAAAGUGAUUAUGAACCAUAACCAACAACCAAUUCUCCAUGACUACAAAAUUAAGAAGUCGUACAACUCAUUGUGCUCUAUGAAGCACAUACCAAUUGCAUAUGAGAUGAGUGAAAGGUUCAUUGAUAUGGAAGAGAUCCAGGCUAAGUUAAUGAUAGAAAAGGAAAUGAAACUUCUAAAUGACUUUCACAAAAAGUUUAUGGUGGAUAUGGAUGAAUACGAUAAAGAAGCAUCUACGCUUAUGAUCCGCAGAAAGGGUAGAGUACGAGGCAAAGGAUCUAUAAACAACAUGACAGAACAAAAGCAGGACAGUCCUGCAUUACAGUAUCACAAAUCAGGUGCCCUUCGAUACUCUUCACAACUAUCUCCCCUUGAAUAUCCGAUACCAGAUUCUGAAACUUUCACUCAAGACUCCCUGUUGAUAGAUAUUGAUAACUGUCACCGGAUAUCGCAACGCAUGUAUCGAGAAUACUACGGACCCAAAACUACCAAAUACUUUAUUAAAGUGCACUACCCACCAAUAACACUUCUUGAUAAACUAGCACGCCUCCGCACGAAAGAAAUCAUAUUAAAAUUAAUGAGCUCCAAAACAAUUAAAGAAUGGGUUACGGGAUCUUCCACCGCUGAACGUGAAUUUACAGUUGCAGAUAUACACAGGGUACUUGGGGAACCAAGUAAAAAGAUCCAGUUUUAUGUAGAACCGAAAGUGAAUUUGGAAGAUAAGAACAAGAUGGGAAAACGCAAAUACAAGAGAGGCAAUUCUGAGGAUAGGAAUACAACAUUAACUGACGAAUCCGAUCCGAGCUCUGAACAUGAAUUAUUGCUGGAUUCGUCUAAUGUAAUCCGUUCGGAUUCCGAUUCGGAACCACCGAACAUCGUUAUAGAAGACUGUGAGGACGAAAAUCGACCUUCUGAUGAUUUCUACCUGCCAACACCACCAGUUGGUGUCCCUCUUCAUAUAUCGCAGCUUCCUCAAAACAUUCGGUCUCUUGAGACACAAUUGGAAACUUCCAUCAACAAACUAAUUACCGAAAGGCUUCAUUUAAAAGAAACAGUGAUGUUGGACAAAUGGGACGUACAAGAAUCGAAAAAUUAUGAGCAUGUCCUUCUUACGGCCUUGACAACUUACAGAGAGACUGAAGCUGACGUUGAUAGUUCAAUGAAUGAUAUCGAUUCUGCUUUUGAAAUGAUCGAAGACGAAGAUUUUGGUGAUUCAGAAAGUGAAAGUGAGAUGGAGCAAGGUAAAACCUUUGAUGGAGAAGAUGCUAUAGUAGAAAUGGAUGAUAGAAUGAUAGCGGACUUUACCUACCUAUUUCCUGUUUACUAA